AUGGCGAGCCCGUGGAAGUCGGAGCGAGCGCGGGUCCGGGGGGGCGCCCGCCUCACCGGGCUGCUGGAGGGGCUGCGGCCGCUCGCCGCCGCUCUCCUCGCCGCGCGGAGCGGGGCCGCGAUCUCGCCGGCGGGCGGGGGGCAGGCAGCAGGCGUCGGACGGAGCCCUGCGGGGCGCCGGGCGGGCAGCCACCUGCAUUGCUCCCCGCUGCGGCGCCAGGGCACGGCGGGACCGGUUACAGCCCGCGGGGAGAUAUCAACAGCGCCUGGACCAGCAGUGGGAGCGGGCGCUGAGCCGUCCAGGGAGGGAGACGCGACCGCAGCCGCCCGGCUUGCCGCCCAGGAGGAAGUCCUGCCCCGCCUGCUUCCUCCGCCCGGGCCCGGCGGGCGGGAGCGCUCAGCGCAAAGCCUCCCCGAGGCCGCUCGCCCCCCGCACAGCGCUGCCGCACGGAAGCAGCGAUACCGGGACAAGGUCAGCUGGGGCUCACGCCGCGGUCAGCCGAGACCCCGGGGCCCAGGGCGCCUCAGCCCGCCCCGAGCAGACCCAGACCCUGCGCGCCGAGCCCGGAAUCAUCCUCGCGUUGCGCUGCUGCGGGGUAUGCUGCGGGCCUUCGGCCGCUGGGGCCUCACCGCCCGCCCCCCCUCCACCGCACCGCGCCGAGCGCCGCCGUGCUCCGGUGGCACCGACGGACUGACCGCCCGCAGGAGCGGGCAAAGGCCGCGAUCGAUUGGGCGGGCGGGCGGCUGCAGGGGCUGCACCGGGGCGGGGCCGGGGCUGUGGAAGUGGCGGGGACCGGGACGGGCCCUGGCAGGUCGGGAGGUGUCCGCCGGGCUCGCUGGGACAGGCCGGUCACCGUGCGGGGUAGGCUGCGGCUGCCGGUGCGAGCAGAAAGUCGGAGCUGUCGAUAAACGCCUGAAGUUGUCACGGGAAUUGCGGUUUAUGGCGUUGGUGUCAGCACAUAGAAGAACAUCAAUCAUCAUGCCAAGCAGCAUAAGAUUCUGAUUUACUAAUGAGAAACUGGAAGUCAUUGAACAACAGUCCUCACGUGACAUGUCUGUAAGUAUUCCAAGUGUCAGAAGCAGGACUGCAUUUUAGCUGUUAGAACAUUAGAGGAGUGAAGAAGUCCAAAUAAUAGGAAAAGCUUUAUGAAGAAAGUUUUAAUUUAUGUUUUGUUCAUUCGUGAUGAUUAUAGAUGAAAGAUGAUGAAAAUACAUUGCCUUUUGUUUAAAUUAGGUUAAAUUUAUAUAAUGGCAUAUCAUCACUUAAAGCCCAGCAAAAAGUUUACAAUAAAUCUUGCAAUCAUUAACACUUACUGUAUAAAACAUACAGAUAGCACAAUUAAAACCCCAGCCUGAUUAAAAUCCCAGCCUCUCCUGACCCUUCUGAGAGCAGAAGAAACUCCUUUGUGUAACCAAAGGAAAGUCUAAGUGCAGUUGGAGUUAAAAAGUCACAAAUAAUCACUAGAAAAUAAUGAUUUCAGAGUAAUGUAUUUAGAACAUGAUUUAGAACUAAGUUACUAAUGCUAUAAACCACCUCCAUUUCAUCUCUAAAAUAUUUCUGUGAGUUUCUGUGCAGUGGAUGGUGGGCUGCAUGUGCUUGUUUUUGAAUUAAGCUUAAAAGACAUUCUCACAGCAGCAAACUAGAAAUGGCACCAACAGCAUCACAGUGAUUUACAGUGAUCAGUAAUGUAGGGGCAUAGUACAAAAUUUUUGUUGUCAAUCAGGUUGUCAUCCAUGGAAAGGAAGAAAUUGCACAGGCAGAGUAUCACUUACUAAGAUGAAAACUUGUUUCAUGCAUUAAGCGUAAGUAUUCUAUAAGUAAAAUUAAGGUCAAAGAGUGCUUAAUAAACUACAUAUGUAUGUGUAUAUAUAUCUAUAUAUAAAUUCAGACUUACACUUUCCUCGUAAAAUAAGUGAAAGGAGGAAAAUAAAUAGUAGCUAUACUUUUAAAACAAUACAAAAUGACCUCAUGUGGUUUAUUCUGUUUUGACUUGUUCCUUUCCAGAAAGGUCCACAGAUAUUAGAACCCUGCUUAGCAAACAGCUGUUCCAUUUAUAAAGUCAUCAUAGCUGCAGCUAAAGUAAUACACCACAGGACAGGCAGUAAUAAAAAAAUUGUGCUUAUUCCAGGAAAAUGCAGUAAAAUUUAAUCUAGAUAAACAGAUCUUGCUAAUUUGUUAAGUUACCAGGUAGGUGAAUAUUUGCCCUGUGAUGGAAUGAUCAUCUAGACACAGCUUAUCUUCAAAUUUGACAGCAAACAACUUUGAAUACAAGAAUAAAAUUACAAGCAUAUGCAAGUAGAAAUCUCAAUAGAAAAUGAAAUGCAUGAGUAAAAUUAUCAGGCCAAAGGGUGGCUGCAUGGUAGUUCUUCCUGGCAUCAUCAAAGUUAAUGAAGAGGAAAAUGCAGAGAAACAGGUAAAUUCAGUUACUAUCAGAAAGAUAGCUGAGCUGUAUACAUGAACAUUGCUAUUUCCUAUAAAUAGUGAUGAGCCCAAAUCUGAAGUGUUUGCUUACAGAAUUUACCCUCAGUGCCCCUCAGUGGGAGGGCAGAGGAGGAUAGUCUCCGUCACAAGCAUGAGCACCAAAAUAUGUCUGAUUAUUUAGUUCUCAGGUUUUGAAUGUGGGCACAUCAGUUAAAUUGAUUUUUCAGCCCUUCCUAUGCUUUGCAAUUGAUAGUAGGAUUAUGAAUAUCCCAACUUGCCUGCAAGCCGUCCUUGUCUGACUUGAAGGUGCUAUGUGGAUACUCCCUCUUCCUCUGGCUCUGCAUCUGGAACCCUUCAGGUUACUGGCUUUGGCUGGGAUGAAGUUGAUUUUCUUCAUAGCAGCUUGUAUGUUGCUAUGUUUUAUAUUUGUGAACAAAGGUGUUGAUAAUUGGUUUAGUAACUGCUGAGCAGCACUUCCACUGCUGAGCAGCACCAAACAGCACUAUUCUGUUUCUCACAUUUUUCCACCAGCAAGCAGGUUGGGGGUGCACAAGCAAGAAGCUGGGAGUGGUCAGAACUGGGAUAGAUGACCCCAGCUGACGAAAGGGAUAUUCCAUACCAUACAGCUUCAUGCUCAGAACUGAAAGCUGGGGGAAGAAGGAAGAGGGAACAUUUGGAAUUAUGGUGUUUGUCUUCCCAAGUAACCAUUGUGUGUAAUGGAGCCCUGCUUUCCUGGGGAUGGCUGAACACCUGCCUGACCAUGGGAAGUGGUGAAUGAAUUCCUUGUUUUGCUUUGCUCUUGAGCAUGGGUUUUGCUUUGCCUUUACGUGUUUAACAGUCUUUAUCUCAACCCAUGAGUUUUCUCACUUUAACCCUUCUGAUUCUCUCCCACAUCCCUCUGGGUGGGAGUGAACAAGGGGCUAUGUAGGUUUUAGCUGCCUGAUGGGGUUAACCCAUGACAAUCUACCAACAGCAAGCUCUGGCCAUUGUAUCUGGGGGUGUGGGUGUGUGUGUCUUUCAAAUAAAACAGAAGUUAAAAGCUGUUAGACAUGGACAUAUGCUUUUUUCCUUAUGUUGCUGAUUUUAGCUUUUAAGGCAGCCCUAUGAUUUCGAAGCAGAUACUGUGGCUGUUGUCUGCUGCCAGUUGUGGAACCGCAGUGACGGUCUGGCAAAGCACUGGUCCCUGGCUCUUCAAGCAACUUCAAAGGUGUUUUCCUGGGUAAAAACACAGGUCCAAACUCCAAAGCAGCAUCUUCCCUUGCUUCUCCUGGUGGAGAGUGGCACACACAUUUGACAUCUGCUUCAUCCAGUCUUACUAGUUUGAUUCCUUUGCCUGUGCAGGGGACCCUGAAGCCUAGCAUGUGUGGCACAAUGAUCUGCUGAACUUGAGGCUCAGUAUGAGAGUUAAAGAAAAUUCCACAAGUAGCUUCAUGCACCUAAUGGGACUGUCUACUCAAGACUGACUGAGGGGUCUUUGUAGCCUCUUAUUACAUUCGUUCAAAAGUAAAAGAUUUAGCUGGAAAUGCUUAAUGCCUGCAUGACUCAGGCACCAAAGUUCUGUUCCAGAAAAGUUAAGGCCCAGAUCUUCAGAGGUAGAUGUGUGCCAAGCUGUCAUAGGUUUGAGCAGGAGUUAGGCGUGCUGGCUAGGAUUUCAAAAGAUGAAUGCACAGCAUUAAAAUUUGGCCUUUAGGAACCCCACAGGACUUUGUGAAAUGCCAUUUUCAAACUAGGAAAGUAAUGUCCUACUCCUCUUUUCCACAGUUAUCUAUUAGUUUUCAGUAUUUU